AUGUCCUCGACGGCCAUACCAAGAGUCAUCCCCGCCCAGCUUUCCUUCCUCGCCAUCUACAAUCCGUCUCUGGGCCGGUCAGACGAAACAUUUGACAAGCAGAUUGUCUUCUACUACUCCAAGGCUGCCAAGACGCGCUCCAAACUCCACCAUGGCGACACACAGCGAAAGGAAGCGCUGCGCGAACAGGAAAACGAAAAGCUGCGUCAGGUUGGGCUGGCUCAAGGCAUGGUCGGCUUUGCAAAGAGCUUCUCCAACGGCGCAGCAGUCGACUCGGUAGAGACGCAAAAGUCGCGCAUAGUCCUUCAUGAGCUUGAAGAUGGCUGGUGGAUUCUUGCCGUGCUCAUCCAGUCCAUUGACCUCACUCAGCUGCCAGCCAUGGAUGGCGCAUCUCGAACAGACCCGAAUACAGGUGGAGAGCCUGCGGUCGAAUACUCGCCACGCGAAGUCAGUCCGCCUGCCCUCCUCAUCCAGCAACUCGUUCGCGCCCAAACCACCUUUCUCCUCCAUCAUGGUACAACCCUCGAGGCCAUGUUCGCCAAGCACGGCCGUCCCAAGUUCUGCAGUAUACUUGAAAAGUACUGGAGUCGGUUUGCGGCCACGUGGGAUGUGCUGCUGCAUGGAAACCCUGCCGUGGACAUCUAUGGCGGUAUGAAGCUGGCCGCAGGUGGAGAAUUGGGCAUGGGCGUGGGCGAGGAAGAAUGGGGCAGCAGUGAGCGCGAUGUCCUCGAAGACUUUGCGCGCAGGACAGACGGCCUGAUUGAUGUCAUGGUCUCUCGCUUUGGCGAAGCGUCGCCCUUACAGCAAGCCAAGUCAUCGACAGACCCAAAGCUACUCGAGGCUAUCGAGGAAGAGCCCUGGAUUGGAAGUGGGAGACACGUUCAGGCUGCCGAAGGGGUCGUCUUCUCAGGUAUCGGUGCCAUCAGCCGUAAAUCGCUACGAGACCUGUCACACUGGGUCGAAACAUUAUACCACUACGGCGAGUAUGCGUACGGUGUACACGACACGGUUACAUCGGAUCGGAAGAAGCGACAGCGACGAAAGCUGAAGCCAGAUGCAGGGGCACGAUCAUCGAACUCACCGGCAUCCAGUCGACAGGAGAGAAGCACUCUCAACAGGACAGAUUCCAGCUCUACAUUGCCACUAGGCAUUCCUCCUCCGAUUGUGAAAGCUGUAGAGAACUCUCUGGACAAAGCUUCUGCGGCAGUUACGAAGACCAAAGCAGACGGGAAAAAGGCUGCCAUGCCAGAAUCCAAGCCAAUGCUGGCGUCCCUGGGCGAUACUGAGACGUGGAUGAAGUACAUGACCCUAGGAUAUGCCAUAGCAUGGGGUGGCGGUAGCAGUAAUCAGAACCACGACAAGAAAGCUCAUGAAGCCCCUCAACCCGCCGCACCCUCUCCGGUUCGAAAACGUUCCCCCUCUCCAGCCGCCAUGCGGUACAUCGAGCCCGAGCCAGACAUGGAUGUCGCCGCUGAAAAGCGCAAACGGCAGAUCCGGCUUGAAAACGACGGCUACUUUCUCAUCGGCUUAAAAGGGCACAUGCUUGACCUAGACGUGGACGAUGACAAUGAAGACGGCAACUGGAACAACCGCAUUCCACUCCGCACCAUCCAUCUCGAGCUCGAGAGCCAAAAGGAUUCCACUUCGACGCCUACCCCCAACGACUCUGACGAAAUACCGCAAUAUGAGAGGGAGAUGAAUUUCGAGCCCUCCCCCGAGCGCAAGCUAACACGGUUGAGACCCGUAGUAUACAUUCACCGCCCCUUCAUCUACACCUUCCUCUUCUCACACCAAACCUACACCCUCUCCCUCUCCUCCUUCUACCGCGACAUCCACACCUUCUUCUCCCCGCUGCACCGCUCCCUCGAAAAAUCAACAUCCCCGCACCACAUCGCCGCACGCAUCGCCGCCGCCGCAAACCCACACACCACAAUCCCAUCUUCCCCUUCUACCCCCCAAAACACAAAUCCCAUCUACGACCUCGUCUACGAUCCCCGCACAUACAACCUCCACACCAGUCUACCCAACAUUCCGGACCCAGCGCCGUUGGUCCCGCCGAGCAAGACCCAGGCUGCGUGGAGUAGACCCGAUGCCCUCGCUAUCCAUACGCAUAUUCUGAAUACGAUUUCCUCGACCCGUCGCGAUCCGUCGGAGAUUGAGCGCUCGGGGAAGACGGGACGGGGAUGGUGGAUCGUGUGGAUGAGACUUCCGCCUUCGGUGGAUGAACGUCAACGUCAACAUGAACAUCUAUCUCCACCCCCGACUUCCCAACCCUCGUCCGAAACCGCCAGCCAAACCACACAAACACAAUCACACCCCCCUUCCCUCUUCAACCCCACCUCCCUCCGCGAAGCCCUCCUCAUCCGCAAAGCCCCCUCCUCACCCUCAUACCCGCCCCUUUCUUCCGCAUCCCCCGCGCCCCGGUCUAGCGUGUGGAGUGCAUGGGGUAUGGGGACCAGGGGCUUGGGCUUGGGUGGGGAUGGGGGAGGGGGCGCGGGACAUGGGGCGAAAGAGGCGAGGGCGAGGGGGUUGGUGGAGGGUGUGGGGGUUGAUGCGAGGAGGUAUGUUGAGGGCUUGUUGAGUUUGAAUCGGUAG